AAAAUCUCCAAUCUUACACCAUUAAUACUUUCUUGCAUAAAAUUUGAAUUUAUUGCUUAAUUGUCAAUACAUCCUUUCUUUCUUUUCUGUCCUCUCAAUUUGUGGUUCUCAUAUUUCUAACAUUAUUUCCAUUUAUAUUUUCUGGGUUCAUUUUUUUGUUCUUUUUUUUUUUAAUACAGAGAGUUUAAGUGUAUUUUCCCAUUUGCACUUACUAUUCAAAUUCAUCUUCUGGAAUCUUAACAGAAAGAACAAAAAUUUCAUCUGGGUUCUGCUCUUUUUUCUCAAAUUUUGCAUUUUUUCCUGUAUAUAUUCACUCUCGGAUUCCUACUGUGUAAUACAUCCAAAUUAUAAGUCAUUUGAUAUGGGAUUUGUGACUGUCUCAAGCUCAGCCUCACGAGCUUCUCUAGGUUUAGUUGGAAAAUCAACAGCUCAUCAAUCUAGUUCAAAUGGUCCCUUGAUUCUGGGGUUCAAAGUGGAUAAAAAUAAAAAGACGGCCUUAGUUGCAGUGAGUAAGCCUAGUCGUUUACCAGCAGAGACAAAGAAAGAGAAUCAGAGACGACUAAGAUCACUUGCAAAGCCUUCGAAAGGAGUUCGUGUUGCCAGUGUAGCUGAAGCUACCCCGUUGUCUUCUGAAUUAGAUCUUAAUGAAGCUGCAGCUAAACUCGAAAGCAUUUUUAAGCUUAGUCCUGCAAUAGAUGCUUCAGAUGCUGAGAACAUCGAUCUUGCGGUAAAGGAAAGCCGAGAAAGGAGAAGGGAGAGAUCAGACGUUGACGAUAAAAAGGAGAGAGGAACGGGAAGUAAUGUGGUGAGAAACAGGAGUAGGAAAGCGAAAAGGUUGAGCCUUGCUAAGAGAAUUGAGAUGAAGCAAAGUAAAGAAGGUAAGGAAGAGAAGAAAGUUCCUUUAGCACCGAAGAAGAAAAGUUUUAACGAUGAAUAUGACAAGAUUGAUACGCUUGUAAGAGAGUACUCUUCCUCGACUGAUUUGGCCAGCUUGGAUUGGAAGAAGAUGAAGAUACCACCGGUUCUUCCUUCUUCCGAACAUACUUGGUUGUUUAAGUUAAUGGAACCCAUGAAGACCCUUAAUCAAGUAAAGGAGAACCUGCAACAAGAAUUGGGGAGAGAUCCAACAGACAAUGAAAUGGGCGAGGCGAUGAAUAUGAGUGUACUUCAAGUUAGGAGACACAUGGAAGUUGGUCAUACUGCAAGAAACAAGUUGAUUAAGCAUAACCUGAGACUAGUAUUGUUUGUUAUGAACAAAUAUUUCCAAGACUUCACAAACGGACCAAGAUUUCAAGACCUCUGCCAAGCAGGUGUGAAGGGUCUCAUUAUUGCUAUUGAUCGUUUUGAAUCAAGGAGGAAAUUCCGGUUGUCUACUUAUGCUCUGUUUUGGAUUAGGCAUGCCAUCAUCCGUUCAAUGACUAUUUCAAGCUUUACUCGUGUCUCCUUUGGUCUUGAAUCGGUCAGGGUGGAAAUUCAAAAGGCGAAACUAGAAUUGAUGUUUGAGCUCAAGAGAAUUCCUACAGAGGAAGAAAUAAUGAAAAAGGUUGGAAUCUCCCCUGAAAGAUAUCAAGACGUGAUGCGAGCUUCAAAUUCUGUCGUUUCCCUUCACUCUAGGCAUCUAGUCACACAAGAGGAGUUCAUCAAUGGCAUCGUUGAUUUAGAUCGUGGCGGGAGUGACCAGGAGAGGCAACCUGCCCUUCUUAGACUCGCACUCGAUGAUGUACUCGACUCUCUGAAGCCCAAAGAAAGCUUGGUUAUCCGGCAAAGAUAUGGACUAGAUGGCAAAGGCGACAGGACACUAGGAGAAAUUGCCGGAAACCUGAACAUUUCGAGAGAAAUGGUCAGGAAGCACGAAAUGAAGGCACUAAUGAAACUUAAGCAUCCAGCUCGAGUGGAUUAUCUUCGGCGUCACAUACCCUAAAUCAAGAGAACUUUUCCGUAAACACAAAGUACAUGCACUAAUGAAGUUUAUGCAUCGAGCUCGAUUGGAUUAUCUUUGGCACCACAUACACUAAAUCGAAUCAGGAUCAUGGUACAUAUAAAUCGAAUCGGGAUCAUGGUACAUAUAUAUAUAUAUAUGCUCACUUCGUUCACUCUUCGAUCCAUCUGAGUCGAAGCAUCUUCACGUAUUGUGAUGAUACUCAAAUUCUGUAUUAUAGAGCUAUUUACAUAAAAUAUAGAUAUGCUAUAGAUGUUGUAGGUUAGGAUUGGGUGUUGCAUAUAAUCCCUUCUUUCAGAAGUAAAUAUCACUUGUAGUUUUUUUUUUUAUCUAUAUUUCCAUUAUCCAACCCUUCUCCCCCUUUUCUUUUAUACCAAGUUGACAGUGCUUUUACCUAUACUUUAUUUAUAGAACUAGUGAUAUAUACUGGUACUUUGUAAACGACUGCCUAUUAUUACUCCUAAUCAAAUCUUUCUCUGUUUCUAUGUGAUUUGUAGAUUAUGUAUGUGCUUUGCCAAAGGCGGUUCUGGGUCCAUUUAAGGUGCCCGACCAGCUAACAAACUCAUUAUAAUACAUCAAUUAGGUGUAGCUUAGUUGGUGACGUGCUUUCAUAAGUUGUUUGUUAGGGGUUUAAAAUCUACCAUCACUAAUCUUUUGCUAAAAGUCUUUUUUUUCCAUUUUUACCCUCAAUGAUUGACGAAAGGCUUAGUUUUCUAAACAUAAAAAAUAAAU